AUGUGUCAGAACUUCUUCACUGACAGCUGUGCUGCUCAUGGGCCCCCAACAUUUGUGAAGGACAGUGCAGUGGACAAGGGGCAUCCCAACCAUGCAGCCCUCAGCCUGCCCCCUGGGCUGAGAAUUGGGCCAUCAGGCAUCCCUCAGGCUGGGCUUGGAGUAUGGAAUGAGGCCUCUGAUCUGCCACUGGGUCUGCACUUUGGACCCUAUGAGGGCCGAGUUACAGAAGACGAAGAGGCAGCCAACAGCGGAUACUCCUGGCUGAUCACCAAAGGGAGAAACAGCUAUGAGUAUGUGGAUGGAAAGGAUAAAUCCCGGGCCAACUGGAUGAGGUAUGUGAACUGUGCCCGGGAUGAUGAGGAGCAGAACCUUGUGGCCUUCCAGUACCACAGGCAGAUCUUCUAUAGAACCUGCCGAGUCAUUAGGCCAGGCUGUGAACUGCUAGUCUGGUAUGGGGAUGAGUACGGCCAGGAACUGGGCAUCAAGUGGGGCAGCAAGUGGAAGAAAGAGCUCAUGGCAGGGAGAGGUAGGCAUCACUAUUACUCUUUUUAAAGGACAAGAAAGAAUUAUCCUUGAGAAUUUUCAUGGUUUAACUCUUAAGUAGAGUAAAAUGACAUCUAAAGUCAGUAAAAUUUCA